UCCAACUCAAUUAGUUUGUUUUUCAAAUUCCGUUCAGAAGCACGCGUCUCUCGACAUCCUCUUCUUCUACCAUUCCAGUGGCAGCAUCAGCAUCCGAUAGACGUUAACAUCGACCCGCAGAACGGCGUUCAACGUGAUUGGAGUGUGCUGUUGUGUAUCCUGGCCAUCACCUCGCUGUCGAUUGUGUACCCUUAGAGAGCAAUUCGCUGCAAGUGUAACCGAUCGAAGAGCUACAGUGUAAUAGUAUUGAAAGAAUAUAUCCAAGAAAAGACGCGUUUUUUGUGAAUAGAGUGGAAAAGCAAUAGAAACAUACAGUUGAAAACGAAUAAAAAAAGUUCUGUGCUAGAAUUGUGCAGUGCAUCGACCAGAGAAGGAUUUUCGUGAAGAAGUUCCGAGGAAGUGAAUAAAAGUAACCUCAUACUGCAAACAAGGAUAUUAAUCGAGAAAUCAACUACGAUUUGUUGUCAGCGGCUUACGGAAAGACACAGCAUCGAAUAAUCGAAAUUAACAAAUACCUCAGCCAUGGGUACCCUGCCGCAGUUAGCCAUCCUCAAGGGGCAGCAGCGUAGUUUGAUUCCGGUGCUACUUCAUCGAACGAUUGAGGCCAAUGUUGAUCAGUUCUGUGGAACCGACACAGCGCUCAUAUAUAACGACGAUAAGCAUGGCCGGAUCAAAACAAACUAUAACGUGCUCAACUCAACGGCAAAUCGGCUGGCCACCGCAGCCCUCGAGGAGAUCCUACAGCGGCACAAGUCCAAACCGAAUCGUGACGGCGAUUUCAUCGUGGCGGUUUGCAUGCAUCCCACCGAUCGACUGGUGACAACAUUACUAGCGAUAUGGAAGGCCGGAGCCGCUUAUUUGCCGCUUGAUCCGACUUUCCCGGCUAACCGCAUCGAACAUAUCCUAGGGGAGGCUCAACCGGUGCUGGUGAUAUACGAAGACUACAGCAACGUGGCCGUGUUUGGUAAAACUCCGGCAGUAUCGUAUACGGAGUUACGCAAACAUGCUAGCGACCUCAGCAACGCUAACAUUCUGCCGGAUCAGAUGCUCGGAUCGGGAAAGAACGAGCUCGCGUUAGUGUUGUACACCUCCGGAAGCACAGGUGUACCAAAAGGCGUACGAUUGAAUCACGCAACAAUACUGAAUCGGUUGCAAUGGCAGUGGAAUCGAUUCCCAUAUUCGAACACGGAAAAAACUGGUGUCUUCAAAACGGCUCUCACUUUCGUUGAUUCGGUGACAGAAAUUUGGGGUCCCUUGCUCAAAGGAAUGUCAAUUGUGGUUGUGCCCAAGAAAGUCACAAACAACCCGGAACAUUUGGUUGUCCUGUUGGAGGAAUACAAAAUCGAACGCCUUGUUCUAGUUCCCACCUUACUUCGUUCGCUGCUCCUGUACCUCCCGAUGCAAAAGGAAAAACUACUGUACAACCUACGAAUUUGGGUUUGCUCCGGAGAGCCUUUGCAAAUAUCUUUGGCUAAAGAAUUCUUCGACUAUUUCGAGGAAGGAGUCCAUCAACUUUGCAACUUUUAUGGGUCAACCGAGGUCAUGGGAGAUGUAACGUACUUUGUGUGUGAAUCAAAAAAACAACUCAGCAACUUCGAGAAAGUUCCUAUAGGCUACCCACUGGACAACACUGUGAUAUAUAUUCUAGACAAGAACCUUGCUUCGGUCAAACCAGGUGAAGUAGGGGAAUUGUUUGUUUCCGGUUCGAACUUAGCCCAAGGUUACGUAAACGGGCGUGAUCCAGAGCGAUUUAUCGAAAAUCCUUUCGCUGUUGAUCCUACCUACUCGCGUCUCUAUCGGACGGGUGACUAUGCAUCGAUAAGCAAAAGUUGUAUCUUCUACGAGGGCCGUACGGAUUCGCAGAUCAAGAUUCGCGGACACCGGGUUGAUCUAUCGGAAGUGGAGAAAAACCUUCUAGCAGUUCCGGGGAUUGACAAGGGAAUAGUACUGUGCUACCACGCUGGGGAGCUCGAUCAGGCCCUGCUGGCGUUCAUCACCGUUCAGAAGGAUUACGCGUUUCAAACUGGGCUACAGGUUGAAGGUAUCCUCGAGAGUCAGCUAGCGCACUACAUGAUUCCACAGGUCAUUAUUCUGGAUAGUAUUCCACUGCUGGUCAAUGGCAAAAUCGAUAGGCAAAGCUUGCUGAAAAUGUAUGAAACUACCAACAACAAUGAUGAUACAAACAUUGAGAUCGAGUACGACUACACGGGCGUUCCGGUACAUAAGAUGUCCUUGGCGAAGGAUCUGUUCGCCACCGUUGGCGAUGUGAUUGGGCGUGCUAUACGAGCCAAGAUAUCGCUGCAGAGCAAUUUCUACGACCUGGGAGGAAACUCGUUGAACUCCGUCAUCACAGUGACGCAGCUUUGCCAGAAGGGACACGCCAUCAGUAUAACGAACUUCAUUGGGGCAGACAAUCUGGGAGAGAUUCUGGAUAAAAUGUACGACAACCAACAGCAUCUUGUGGAACACGAACGGAAUGGUAACCCGUCGCCGAAUGUCGAACUGGAGUUUGAGUACAAGACGCUCUUCACCGCUCAUCCAUUGGCCGACGAACAUAAAGAAGAUGCAAUUAACAUACUGACGUACAGUUUUUACGAAAAAGCUGAACUAGAGCGAUAUAUCAAACCGCUGAUCAAAGAGCAAGAUUAUCGCGAUAUUCUAGAGGAAAUUUGGGAUGCAUUAAUCGAGAAAGGGCUUAGUUUUGUGAUAAAGGAACCCAACGGCAAAUCAGUGGGAGUUUCACUAAACUUCGACGCGUAUGACGAACCAGAACCGGAAAUAAACAACAACCUGUGUAUCAUAUUCGAAUUCCUGGACUUUGUUGAGCGACCGAUAAAGGAGGAAAAGCUACCGAAGGGAGUAAAAGAGAUUCUGCACUCAUUUAUGAUGGGAACGUGUGCUGAUCUGAGUGCGCAGGAGAACAUUGAGGCUAUGCACUUCAUGGAAAGUGAGGUGCUGAAGAUGGCGAUCGAGCGACGCUUUGGCGGGAUUUUAACCACUAACACAAGUCCGCUAACGCAGCAGCUCGGUUCCAACGUAUACAAAUACGAAAACAUGCUCGACUAUCCGAUCAACAAGUGGGUGUACUCGGAUGGAUCGCGACCUUUCGGAAAGGCCCCUAACGACGAACGGGUGAUUGUGCACUGGAAAGAUGUCCGGAAGAUGCAUAGGAACACCGAUUAGUUGCUCAAAUCGAUACUUUUUAGAUCAAUUUGCAUUAUCAUUUAAAUCUAGGUCACCCCAGUAACGGUUUGUCGAACGACUCGGAAUUUUUUAUACAAGAAUCAUGCCUAAGAAUUAGUUGUAGGAAAAUUCAUCUGACCAAGUGAUAUAUUUAUUGAAAAACUAAAUCGUACAAAGUAUGAACCGCACAUUUCAAGCAACACUAGUAGAGACGGUAUAGUAUGUAUGUUUAACUCCCAAUAUGGACCCUGUAUUUAUGAAAGUGAAUAAAACUGAUUCUUUUCUGCUAA